UCAACCCUCAUCACCAUCGUCUCUCUCUCUCUCUCUCUCUCUCUCUCUCUCUCUAUAUAUAUAUAUAUAUAUAUAUAUAUAUAUAUAUAUAUGUAUAGAUACAUACUAUAGAGAUCAAGAUGAGCUUCUUGAGCAUGACGGAGGCGAGGCUGCCGCCGGGGUUCCGAUUCCACCCGCGGGACGAAGAGCUUGUGUGUGACUACCUGGAGAAGAAGGUGAGAGGCGGCAGUGAUGGCGCCGGCAGCUCCCACGGCGGCUACCCCGUCAUCGUCGACGUCGACCUCAACAAGUGCGAGCCAUGGGACCUUCCCGAGAUGGCAUGUGUGGGCGGCAAGGUGUGGUACUUCUACAACCUGCGGGAUCGCAAGUACGCGACGGGGCAGCGGACCAACCGCGCCACCAUGACCGGAUACUGGAAGGCCACCGGGAAGGACCGGCAGGUGAAGCGGCGGGGGGCGAUGGUGGGCAUGAGGAAGACGCUCGUGUUCUACCAUGGACGAGCUCCCAAGGGGAAGAAGACCGACUGGGUCAUGCAUGAGUUCCGAAUGGAAUCCAGUGAUCCACCAAGCUUCCCUCCGCUCCGUGAAGACUGGGUCUUGUGCAGGGUGCUCCACAAGAGCAGAUAUGGUGCCACCACCUCCAUGACGACUUCCUGCCAUGACCACGCAAACGCUUCCUCCCUUCCUCCCCUCAUGGAGCCUUUCAUCAGCUUCGACCCUGCGAGGCUGGAGAGCAACGCGCAGGCGCCCUGCUUCUCCGACCUCCCGCCGAGCUCGGUGCCCCUGCAAGAUGCUGCAGCUCCUCCGACCUCCUCCAUAGGUGGCUUCCCAGACUCGGGUGCCUGUGACCGUGAUGACAAGGUCAUCAAGACUCUGUUGAACCACUUCCUCCCUCCAUCUCUGCCUCAGGGAAGCUCGGAGGGCUUCUUCUUCGCUGGCAAUGGCGUGUCCCACAUGUGGAACACUUUUUAGCUGCAACCACAAGCCUCUCAUGACACACAAACAUGCACAUACUUCACCUAUAGUUAACUACAGUAAAUUGGAUUGUUAGGAACGUGUGAUGUUUAGGUUGAUGUGUUCAGCAGUAGAAUACCUAAAUCAUGUAGCAGAAACUGAGAUCCUUGACAGCAAUGCUGCCAACACCCACCAGGUUUCAGAUCUACACAUUUAUGGUAAGCAAAUACAGCUAAUUCUUGGUCACCAACCGUGUGUUCUCAUCAGGAGAACAAAAUCUAUGUAACUUGUUUUCGAAUGACUGCAGUGCUGCUUCUCUGGCACACAAACAACUGUAUGGUAUUUGUUUGGGUGAGAUCCUUCA